AUGUCUCGAGCUGACCCUUACCUGCAGAACCCGGUGGCUACCUACAAUGGGAAGAAGCAGACCUUGUGGACCAAGUUGUUCGCAGCGACCUGGCGCAUGACUUGGUACCAAUACGUACCUUCUUGCGCUUCGGGAGAUCCUGAGUGGAAUAGAGAGGCGAAUGAAGACUGCUUCACAUGUUCAGCAAGCGUGCUCUCAUUCCCUAGAUGCGAUGCUGCAAAGGACAACGCCUGA